AUGGAGAAGUCAUUGAUUGCUUCUAAUGGCUUUCUUCGCUCUUCAGGCACCGUGUCUCACCGCCUUGUGACGUCAGCGCCGUUGCCGCGCCAGCGGGUGUCGCGGCUGGUGACGGAGGCGAAGGUGCGCGAGAUCUUCAUGCCCGCUCUCAGCUCCACCAUGACGGAGGGGAAGAUCGUCGCGUGGUCCAAGGGCGAGGGCGAGAGCGUGAGCAAGGGCGAGUCGGUGGUGGUGGUGGAGUCGGACAAGGCGGACAUGGACGUGGAGACGUUCUACGAUGGUAUCAUCGCCACCAUCCUCGUCGGGGAGGGCGAGGUGGCGCCUGUGGGUGCAGCCAUCGCCAUCCUGGCAGAGAGCGAGGACGAUCUGGAGGACGCCAAGAAGAAGGCCGCCAAGCUCGGCUCUUCUGACGGCGCCGCUGCUGCUGCUCCUGCUGCAGCUGCGCCCGCUGCUCCUGCGCCUGCUGCCGCUGCUGCCCCCCCUCCCCCGCCCCCUGCGCCUGCCGCACCUGCUACCCCUGGGAAGAUCGUUGCGACGCCCGAGGCAAAGAAGCUGGCGAAGAAGCACAAGAUUGACCUAGCCAAGGUAGCGGGCUCAGGUCCCUAUGGCCGGAUCAUCCCCGACGACGUUAAAAAAGCAGCAGGCAUUGCAACGGCGCCUGCUCCCACCAUCGCCGCUCCUGCUCCCGCUGCCGCCGCUCCUGCUCCUGCCGCUCGUGCUGCUGCUGCGCCUGCAGCGGCGGCAGCGCCGCUGCCAGCGGGGGCGUCAGUGGUGGCGUUCACGGCGAUGCAGGGGGCGGUGGCGAGGAACAUGGAGGCCACGCUCGUUGUGCCCACCUUCCGCGUCGGUUACACCGUUACCACCGACGCCCUCGACGCGCUCUACAAGCGGGUGAAGGACAAGGGAGUGACCAUGACAGCUCUGCUCGCCAAGGCAGCGGGCAUGGCGCUGGCUCGGCACCCCAUCGUGAACGCUGCGUGCAAGGACGGGAAGAGCUUCCACUACAACGAGAGUGUCAACGUGGCUGUGGCCGUGGCCAUGGAUGGCGGGCUCAUCACCCCGGUUCUCAAGAACGCGGACCAGACGGACCUGUUCACGAUGUCAGGGCAGUGGAAGGAGCUGGUGGGCAAGGCACGGAGGAAGGCCCUGAGCCCUGGCGACUACAGCGGAGGAACUUUCACUCUGUCCAACCUGGGCAUGUUUGGAGUGGAUCGGUUUGACGCCAUCCUGCCAAUUGGUCAGGGUGCGAUCAUGGCCGUUGGAUCGUCCAUCCCAACAAUGGUGGCAGAAGAGGAUGGCAGCUUCGGCAUCAAGAGGCAGAUGCAGGUGAAUGUCACGGCGGACCAUCGGAUCAUUUAUGGCGCUGAUCUGGCAGAGUUCCUCCAAACUUUUGCCAAGAUUCCUUGCCACGUCACACGUUCGCGCCGCUGCAAGGAUAGCAAUUCUGUUUCGCUUCGCGCUCCGUCACUUCUUCGAGCUGUCGCCCAAGGUUCAGAUGGUGCCGGCGACGUCGCACAAGCUCCAAGCGACGUCGCAGAGGUGCUGGGAGGCAUGACUGGCGACGAGACGCAGUUUUCUGCGGACACUGGGGCACGGGUGGUGGCAGUGGUGGGUGCUGACGUGGUGAGCCCGUACGGCGGUGCCACGUGGGACGAAGUGAUACGACAAAUGGCUCGUAGAGUCAACUGGGUGGAACCUUCCGUGCAGCUUCUCGUCUUCUCCUCCUCCUCCCUCUCCCCCUCCUCCUCCUCCCACUCCCUCUUCCUCUCUGCCGCCCAGCAAGCCGAUCUCCUAUUGGCUGUCGCCGUGAACAGUGCCGAGUCCGCCGCCCAGCUCGUCCCCAUUUUUUCAGCUGCUCCUGCCCGGAUGGCCUUCGACUGCCACGUGUCGCUCUCUGAGCUCACCUCGCUGGGCGGGCUGAACCCGGAAAAGUUAAACCUGCCCCAGAAGCUCGCCGCUAAAUGGGGAUGGUGGAAGGAGGGGGCCAAAGCUUUUCAGACCUACACCCUGGUCGAAUCCUGCUGGGAGCGUCGCAGUGCCGACGACAUCUGGUUCGUGAUCCUCGCUCUCGUCAACGCCUACAUCGUUGACGUGCCAGCGCUGCGCAACCUGCGGGCGGCCGACUCGUCCUCUCUGCAGUGCAUGGUGGGCAACUGCGGCCCCAUCAUCCUGGAGUGCUUUCUGGACGAGCAGUGCCGCACGGCUAUCAACUGCUUGAAUGAGUGCGGACCCACAGACCAGGUGUGCAGCUAUCGCUGCAUCGUCUCCUACGAGACUCCCAAGUUCGAAGCCUUCUCUCUCUGCGUGCUGCAGAAGCACAACUGCCUCGGAAUGACAGCCGAAAUCCGUGAUCGCCCCACCGUGCUCCCCCUCACACACCUUCGCGGGCAGCCCGUCACGCACGAGCGGGCAGAAGAUAUUUUCGUCGGGUGGCUCGGGCAGUUGCCCUGGAGCUGGCGGGUGGUGGCCGGGCAGAAUGCUGCGUACGACCAGUUCCCAUGCCAGUUCCAAAUUUUUUACCGAGGCAAGGCGCGAGGCUCGGUGUGGUACGACCCUGUUUUCACGAUCCGCACUCUUGAUGGACGGUCACUAUGGCGCCGCCGCCACUACCGCGUGCGGCGCGGAAAGGUUCCCGGAACCUUUACCUUGACAGUGCUCGAUAACGGGGUGAUCUCCGAGGAAUUCUGGCGCAUAGUGGACGUAACAGACGAUUUCCAAUGGGCCUUGUUUUACUACAGUGGUGCCGCCCGGGCGGCAGGGCAGUCGUACACCGGAGCUGUGCUUGUGUCCAAGGACGGGGAGUGGCCCGGACCUGAGCAUGCGGUUCGGCUGAAAGCAGCGCUGGAUCGGUGCGGGAUCAAGGAGUGGGAGUUGUACCGUGUUGAUAACUCGUGCUGUGAGAACGCGCCCUUGGGAUUGCCGGAAGAUGCUCCAGCUCCUGUUUCAAUUGCAUGA